GAACAGAGGGCAUUGAGGAGUAUAAAACUUAAACAUGGUUCUAGUAAACGUAGUUCUUCGGCUGUUUUUAACAACAGUGGUAAUACAGCUACACGUUACGCCUCUCCCCCCGCAGCCGCGGGGUCUGCGCCUUUUCGUGGAGGACCCUAUAACUACGGAGUCACUGCCCCGCGCAGCACCGCCCCUUCGGACCAGUGUUUCUCAUGUGGGGGAUUCGGUCAUUGGAGGAGGGACUGUGGGAAAUUCAGACAGGGAGGAUCUCGACAGCCACAGCAGCAGACAAACGGACCGAAGUGACGAGAUUCAUGAACUUUCAGAUGUCUUUAAUCAUGGGCGAUGGGUCAACAUGGGAACCACAAACAACAGAUUUUUGCCUCUCGUCAGUGAUUUAAAGAGGAUAGUUACGGCAUCUAAGGCUGUUAAUACCCGGAAAUGUUAUGAUCACGGGUUCAAACAAUGGUGUUCUUGGGCUAAUUCCUUCAAAGUUAAUGUCCUGCCAGCGUCGGAACAAUAUGUUGCCUUAUAUUUAGUAUCUAUAAUUCAAUCUAGCAGUAGUGUUGCUAAGUUAGACCAGGCUAUCUAUUCCAUCGGUUGGGUUCACCAACUGGCAGGUUUCCCGAAUCCUUGUUCAUCGGAUUUUAUAAAAAUGAUCAGGGCAGGGGGGUCCCGGCUGUUGGGAUGUCAACCCUGUAAAAAAGAGCCUAUCACUCCUGAUAUUUUAAAACAGUUAGUGACAUUUUUUGCUAAAGACUCGUGUUCCCUGAUGGAUCUAAGAAUAGUGUGUAUGUGUUUAGUAGGUUUUGCCGGUUUCCUUAGAUUUGCGGAAUUGGUCAAUAUUAAGAGAUCGGACAUCGUUUUCGCUGAUCAGUUCAUGACUAUCAGAAUUCCCAGAAGUAAGACGGAUGUAGUUAGCGCAGGAGCAGAAGUAGUUAUUGCUAAGACUUCUACGAUAUUAUGUCCGGUUGCCAUGCUCAAACGCUAUUUGACUUGUGCUAAGAUUCCCUCGGACUCCACAGCUUUUAUUUUUAGGCAAAUGUCAUUUUGUAAAAGUUCUAAUUCGUUCCAGCUUCGUAAUUCUGGUCCCCUUUCUUACACUAGAGCUAGAGAACUUCUUUUAGAAAAGCUUUCAUUAUUAGGUUGAGAUAGUAGGAAAUUUGGCCUCCAUAGUCUGAGGGCUGGUGGAGCUACCGCGGCAGCAAACUCAGGAGUUGCUGAUCGUAUAUUCAAGAAGCACGGUCGUUGAAGUCCAAGGACGGUUAUGUGCAUGAGGGCUUGGACGAAAAACUUUCCGUUACACAAAAGCUGGGUGAGAAUGUAAUUUUAAUGUUUGUCAGACUUUUAACCCGUUCUUUGUACUCGAAGCGCUAGCUGCAGUCAGCUAUUUCCUAUAUUAUAGUGUUGAGUUGUAAUUGAUAAAUGAUUUAUGUUCGUUUGAACUGGUGAAUUAGAACAUAAUUAUAUUUAUCAAUGGUACGGUAUCACUGGGGUUACGUAGGUGCUAGAGUACCUGUGUAUGUAGGGGUAAGGCGCGGAGUCUAACGUACACGGUGAAUUACCUGGGGUAGGGGGUUGUCAUAUACAGGGUGUAUAGGGGGUAGUGUCAUUCGAGCUGUUGCAGCCAGACAGUGCGCUUGUGG